CGUGAAGUGAGAUAAAAAGGCGCGCAUAUUCGAAGUUGAUAUUUCGACGUCGGAGUUCACCACUUCCACGCGUUAGGUUUACUAGCAGCUUUGCAAAAUGGUACGAACGAAAGCAGACAGUGCAGGAAGGAAAGGUAAGUGGAUUGAUUACACGCCGGUUAUUGUAAUUUUAGCUUCAAAAACAGCAGUUCGUUAUCGAGAAAGAGGGGUUGAUCGAGUUCAUUUCAUUGAUACAACACUGGCUUGUUUUUGAUCCGAUAUUCCGGUAAAUCUGGUCACUAACAGAAGAUCGCCUCAGAGGAGUCAUAUAAGCUAAUGUUAAAAAUAUCGACUAUUGGACUAUUGCUUUCAAGUUUCACUGAUCUGAAUCGUUAUGGUACUUCGCUCACGUGUACAUUUAGCUCAGUGAAGCUUGGUAUGUACAUUGGGAGAAUAUUCUGUGUAUAACUACCCUAUGUUCGGUUUUGAUGAAGAAAUCAUGGGAUUUAAACAACAAGAUUAAAUACCUUCGCCCUGUCUAAAUGUACCAAAAAGGUGUAGUGGCUUUCACUCGGCUGUUCGUGCUUGAAUAAUUUCUUUCUUCUUUGGUUAAAAUCCCAUAGAUGAACGGUGGUAGCACUAUAUAUCUUGUAGAUGCAUUCUUUAAUUUUGUUUUUUGGAGUGCUAAUUAUGAUAAGAAGUUUACGACAUAAUGAGACCCUGGUAUUGAUAUUCUUUCACUAGAGGUGAGAGUUGUUGUACCAUACAACAAUUAAUUUUAUGCUAUGCUGAUUUUCGGGUCUCUUCAUCGCUUUUUGCGCAAGAUUUAUAAGUUGAAUUUUGUUUUGAACUUUAAGCAACUCAUUAAAAGCGGCCUUAACUAACUAGGAAAACGUUUUGUCUCAACCACAGAAGUUAUUUUGGCUUUGCAACUGCUAUUUAAUUUGUCAAACCAUGUGAUCAAGGGUUCAGUUGAAGCCUUUGGAGGAAUCAGUAUGAAAACUUAUUGAAAAUUUAGUAACAGAUCACUGUUCUAGCAGUUGCACAUUAUGUAAUUUGCUCACACAGCUGUUGGUGCCAAAGCUCCUCGCAAACAGUUUGGUGCUUCAUCAUCAUCAUCAUCGGUUGGUUCACCAAACAACUCAGGAGGAGGCAAGAACAAGAACAGCGGAGGAAAUCCUGUCAAGUGGUGGCCAUCCCCCAAAUGGCAAAAAGGUAAAUUACCAGGUGAUAAUAACAUCCCACAACCGAGAAAGUUCAAGGAUACAUACCAGUUUCUAACUCUCUUUUUUUCCUUACUUUUUUUCCUUACUUUCUAAAAGCUGGCUUGUUUUGAAUGGCACUGCUUGGGUAGUUGUGUAUAAUGAAAUAAAACCUUGUAAUUUUCUGGGAACUAUCUAUUUGCCAACCAUGCUUUUUGGUUGACCUCUAAGACUUGCAUUUUUAUUUUGUCUUCUCCCUUGUUAAAAAAAUCCUGUGUUUGUUACUAUCCCAUCUCUAUCAGAAUCUAUUCUAUCUCACUAUGGUUUGGGUAAGGUUAAUUCUUCUUUUAGAUUCAAUCUUAAACAAAUAGGGGAUGAUAGAAAAUAAUAUUAGCAGGAAUUUGAUUUGAUUUAGAAGUGAUAACUGCAGCCAGGAAUUCCAUGCAACAUCAACUGGUCAGGACCUCCUCACCACACAUCUGGUGCUCUGAUUACUAGUUCAUGUGUUGGAGUUCAGUAGAAGUACUGGCUAACAUGAUAAGCAAGUUGGAUUCGAAUAAUAACACAUUACAGACAACAAUGAAUGAAGCAUUUUUUGAAGCAAAAGUGGAGGUAUCGGUAUUUAGUUCUAGUAUGCAGUGUAAGUGCUCUUGAGGUUUAUUUCAACCUGUGUAUUGAUAUAUUUUUAGGCAUUGGACAGUUCUUUCCUAAAGAUGGAGCAAGUAAUGAAGAUUUCUCUGAAAAACCACAGGCAGCAGAGGUAAACAGUUACCCAGGGGCCUCCUCUGAAGAAUUGGGACUAGAUGGAGUUAAACCAAUUCAUGAGGACUGAACAACAACCAAUAUUAUCAAUCAUAAAAUUUCAUGAUGUGUUCAUCAUUUGAACAGUUUCAUGAGUGUGCAACUAGUGACAUUGAUCAACUGAUAUCAAUAAAGGCAUAUAUUAUUGUACAGUGAGGAAUCUAUAUAGUACAUUAUGAGGUAAGUUUUUUCUUUUAAAGCCGAGUAUUACUUUAUUUUUUUCUCUGUCAAAGCAUCAUAUGUCACACACAAUUAUCAAUUUCAACAUCUUUCUAUCAAGGACAACUGCACUCGGAUGUGUUUACCACUGCAUUGUAAUUUAUGUAUUUAUUUCACUUGAAGACUUCAAUUGUUUCACUUAGAAUUGCCAUGUAUUCUGCUGUUUAACUAUUCUGUAAUGUAUUUUGUUAUCUGAGUAGUACUGUCAAAUACCUUGUUACUGUACAUAUUUCAUAUAACAUAUUUCAAACACAACCCUGGUCUUAAAUAAAUUAAACUUGAAAUGUGUCAACAAGUAUAUAGUUUCCUCACUAUAUUGUUAAUUACUGCUUGAUCUAUCUUGAUCUGUCGGUGGUGUGGCAAACUGGAACCAAUAAGGUGCAAACUAAUGCAUCUUUAUGAAAACAGGC